AUGUUCAUUGUUUCAGAAUGCAGUACCUGCUUUAUUGGUAAUCAAAACCAUGAAUACAGAUUAAAAACUGGAAGUUCUUUUUAUAUGGAAUGCCGAUGUGAUGAGCGACCACCUUCAGUUGUUAUUCUUAAAUGGUUUGGUCCUAAUGAUAAGGAAAUAAUGCCACCGGGACCAGGUACAAAAUCGAACGUAUACACUGAAUGGUGGGACGACCUUACAAAUAGUUUGUACAUAACAAACAUGAGCAAGUCAUCAUCCGGUGAAUACAAGUGUUUCACUGUAUAUAACGAGACUCAUUAUGUACACACAUAUGACGUCCAAGCAUAUGAAGCACCAUACUUCAUCAACACCAAAGAGACGCAGUAUGUCAUUAAUGGCAGCGAUGCACUAAUAACAUGUGAAGCCAAAGGUGAUAUUAAUCCCUUAAUUAGUUGGCACAAAGACAACUUCGAACCUAUUGAGAUAACAGAUGAUAAUAAGUACGAGAUAUCAUCAGAAGGAUUAUUAAUACACAAUAUCAGUAUAGAAGACAACGGCGUGUACAAAUGCGUAGCUGCUGACUACGAAACUGGCGAAGAAGUUGCCAUCGACAUUAAAGUUGAGGUAGUCACAAUGCCAGAAAUAGUCGAACUUGUAGCAGUUCCUGAAAAUAUUGCUUAUGAAGGAGCGUCCAUUUCGAUGGAGUGUAUCGCAAGUGGAACACCACCGCCAGAGUACAGCUGGAAGAAGAUUUACAAAAAUGCGCAUGUUGACGGCAAACCGAACUAUAAGCAAAUAUUGAAUAAAAUAGAAUUUGAAAAUGUUGAUAAGAACGAUACGGGAAUAUACGAAUGUAUAGCUUCAAAUACAGCUGGAAAUGUUUCAAAGCAAAUAAGAUUGAACGUCUUAGUUCCACCAAAAAUAACGCAGUUUAAAAAUGCAGCGGCUGUGGAAAAUGGCACCGUACAAGUUGUAUGCCGAGCGGAAGGGAUUCCUGUUCCGAAAAUAAAUGUUGCCUUUUUCGGUGAAUCUGACGAUUUAAGUAUAGUUUGGGACAGCAAAGUUAUAAGUGAUACUGAAACAGAGAUGUAUUUAUCUUUUCUAAGAGUUAAUAGAAGUCACGAGGGGAGCUACAUUUGUAAUGCAACAAAUGAUGCGGACUCAGUAACCGCUGAAAUGUAUUUAACUGUAUUUUACAAACCGGUGUUCAAAGAACCGAUUGAGAAUGUCUGGGGUUGGAAUGGAAAUGCAGUUAACCUAACCUGCGAUCAGGAGAGUAAUCCCCCGGCUAAUAUAACUUGGAGAUACGAAAGUCGAGAUAUAUCAACUGAAAAACAAUUGGAAAUCAAUAGGAUUAUACUAAACGAUAAUAAUGUACCAGUUAUAUUUGAAAACGACACAAUGUACGGGGUUUAUGAAUGCAUAGCCAAAAACGAGUACGGUACAGCCAAGAAAGUCGUCGUAUUUUUAGAAGGCUACGCUCCGCCACCAAUUAGAAAUGCGAUAGUAAUGAAUAUUACUUCAACGUCUGUGAUAUUUGCUAUCGUAGGACCAGAGCAAAUUAAUGGACCGCCGGUCGUGGGCUUCACUUCGGAAUAUGAUCUUUUGAACAAUUAUAAUAUCACAGAUAUACAUAUUAACCGAACGUGGUCAAUCGAUAGGCCGUACAAAAUAAAUAAGUUGAAGCCGAAUAGUAGUUAUUUAAUUAAAUUCGCAGCUGUCAAUGAUGUGGGAGCUGGAUCUUGGAGCAAUUAUCUCGAAUUUGUUACACUUGAAAAAUCGAGCCCCGAAGAACCUACUUGGAGUACAGAUAUAGAAUCGAUAAAGAAUGGAAUCCUUAAAUGGAAAGUUGGAGAAGAUAACGGCGAACAAAUUGAUUACUACGUUAUUCGCUAUUGUCCGGUGGUUUAUCUGGCAAUUCAAAAUAAUGAAUGCAUAGAAGAAACGAUUGACCCAACAAAUGAGUUUUAUUUAAACAAUUUAGAAGGAAAUAUGACGUAUUACUUCGAGCUGGUCGCUCACAAUGUUCUCGGAAAUUCAUCGAUUGCUUCAACAUACAUCACGUUACCAGAGCGAGAACCGGGAGCACUUACAGCUGGCUCAACACUAGGAAUCGUCCUGGUUGCGGUAUUCCUCGGUCUAAUUCUUUUAGACUUCUUACUUCUGGUGCUGAAAAAGAAAGGUGUCAUUGCAAGUUGCAUUCACAAGAAGGAUAAGAAAACUGAGACUAUUAAUGCACGGGACAGAAAAGGUCUUCUUAGAGAAAACACUGAAAUUGGACGAUCAAGUGAUGGGCCCAAGGAGUUUGAAUAUAAUAAGAACACGGGUGUCGUCACGGGGAAACAUUCUGCCGUGUGA